UUCCAGAAGAACUGAUGCAACCUUUGGAGAGGGGGAAAAGGCCAGGCCCAAAACUCAGGAGACAGAUGGUCCGGAUUGUUGUGACUGAGAUGAUGGAAAAAUGCCCUCACGUAGGUAAAAAGCAUUCAACCGAUGUCGCAAAAAAAAUGGUGUCAAAAUACCCCAAAUCUUUACAAGAUAUCAUAGAAGGAGACAUUGUAGGCACAGGCUACCAUUCCCUUGUCAAACAGUUGCAAAACACAAUUGAAAAUGUUCAACACCCAAAAUAAGAAAAAGAAAACAUGAGAGUAACUCAGACGACACAGAUGAGAUCCCAUUAGAAGAGAGAGCAGCAAUGCAGGACACUUACGGAUGCAUUAAAUGGAAUGUACAAUUCCUGCCUCGUGAAGAAACUCAAGAAAGCCAGCAGCAAAAGAUGGAAAAACUCAAGGAGAUGUUUCAACAGUCUAAUGCCAAUCCAGAGGAGGUGAAGGGUCUUAUGAAGUCCACCUUUUACACACAGCGCCAACAUGUCAACCAGGGUAAAAGUAUCAAGUGCCUCAGAGAGGACUGGCCAUUUUUGUUUGAUGAAAUUGGCAUGUCAGUCCACUUCAAGGAACUCACUGGGAUCAACCUCAAAGAGACAUUUAUACGCAAUUUGGAUUUAAAGGGGAAAAGGCUCCUCAACUACCUGACCACUGUUUGUGUCAAGAAGAAUAAGAAGUUCCUUCAGACCAACGCAAGACUUCAGAGGAUGCGGGGACAGCAGAGUGGCUGCUCAGAGGAUGUGAAAGAGAUGGUCCUGCUUCUCCUCAGCUACUUUGAUGAGAAGGAGGAGUCCAUUUUCUUCUAUGUAGAUGAAACAAGUCUGGCAGAAGAUGUGCAACUGGAGCAGGUGUCUCUAACACCAGCCAUCAUUGUCUGUGGACAAUCAUGCUAUUCCUCAACAAGGUACAUGCUGAGUCUCGAUCAGACCCUUAUCAACACAAACAUCCCCUCCUUCAUUUCUGCGUUGUGCCUGAUGUUCGGGAGCUACUACUGUUUUAACAUCCAUUAUCCAUCUGAGUUGGCUUCAACUCUGGAAUUUCUUCAAAGGUGUUUUUUCACGAUAAAUCCAGAAAAGGGAACCAAAGUGGAGAAUAAAAACUCAAAGCGUCGUCUCAACCUUUGCAGACUGUUCAUUGGAGAAAUACUGCAAGGUUUUGUUUUUUGGACUGUUUUGUUGAAGAAAAGGUACUACAAGUUGUUGCUUUGUGGACUGUUUGUUGAAGUACUGCACUUUUUUUUUGCUUAA